AUGUCAACUGAAUACGGCGUCAACGUUUCUAACAAGUUCGGUUUUUUGGACGAUGGUGAGUUUUACUUGUGUUUUUGUGGUUUUAGGUAGUGUUUGUUUAACACGCUUAAUCAAAUAACUUUAAAACAAUUUCUUAUAAGUUUUAAUGGCUAUGCGUUUAAGUAAUGAUGUUAAUAUUAUGGGUAAUUUUCGGCUGAAGUAUUUGAUGCUAAAAUUUAAUACUGAACUUGACGUAUUUUAUAUAAAAGUACACGUUUCUGCAAAAUUUAAACCUUUUACUAACCUUAAUUUUUUUGAAAAAACAAUAUUUUUAAAAAUAAGUUUAAAUUUUUUAGAUGGUACUGACCCAGAUGAGCUUCUCGCUCGUGCCGCCAAGGAAAAGAAGGAGAAGCAGCGUCUUGCCAAAGUUGCAGCCAAAACUCCAGUAGCUGUUGCUCCAGAACCAGUGAAGCCUGUCAAGGAGAACAACGAAAACCGCCGCCCAGGACCACGUGGAAAUCGCGGCCCAAGACGUGAAGGUGAUGUUGAACGUUCUGGCGAGAAGCGCCGCGAAUUCCGUCCUCGUCGCGAUGGUGAAGACAGACCACCACGCCGUGACGGAGAAGACAGGCCUCCACGACGUAACUUUGAAGACAGACCACCACGUCGCGAUGGCGAAGACAGACCUCGUGGACCAAGAAAGCCACGGUAAGCUUUAGUACUUAUACUUUGUUUAAUUUUAAGAAAAAAGUAGGAAAGCUAUGAUGUAUAUUUUAUGGGUAAUUUUCGUCUGAUUGUUUUGAUGACGAUUUUAAACUGAGCUUUAUUUAAUACUCAUAAUUGUGUGGUUUUGUAUGCGCUAAUUUUAAUGAAAAAUGUUUUAGCGAGCCUCGUGAAGGAGAAACCGAGCCUUUCGACGGUGAGCGUCGUCAACGUCGUUUCGAGAACCGUCGCCCCCGCCAAGACCGUGUUUCCGGAUCCGACAAGACCGGUGUAAAGGCUGUCCCCAAGAAGGAUGGUCAUGGAAAAGGAAACUGGGGAGAUGACAAGGACGAGAUCGUCGCUGAAACUGAACAACUCAACGUCUCCGAAAACAAGGAAAACGGAGCUGAAGGCGAAGAAAAGCCACAAGACAUUGUUGAAGAAGUGCCAGAGGAAGAGAAGGAACCACCAAAGCUCACUCUCGCCGAGUGGAAGGCCCAACAAGCUCAGGCCAAGCAAGAAUUCAAGACCCGUAAAGCCAAUGAAGGAGCUGAUCAAAAGGCUCUCCAGAAGUUCGUCCCAUUGAAGAAGGACCAAGAAGAUGAUGAUGAAUACGAAGAAGUCGAAGAACACAUUGCUCCAACCGUAAGUUUUCUUCCUAUACUAGUGUCGUUCUUAAAUUUCAGCUAUGAUGUUAUAUUUAUGGGUAAUUUUCGUCUGAAAAUGUUGAUGACUUAUUUUUACUGAGCUUGAAAGAACAUAAAGAUAUUUUAUAAUACGAAUAUAAUUUUUAAUUUAUUUUUUUAGAAACGCCAACAAUCUCAAAAGACCGUUGACAUCCACGUCAACUUCAAUGACCCCAGCCGCCGUGACAACCGCGAACGUCGCAACUUCAACGACCGACGCCAAGGCGGCGACCGCCCACAACAACGUGGUCCACGUCAAGACAACCGUCAAGGUGGUCAACGCGGUGGACAACGUCGUGGACCUCAGCUUGACAUGGCCGCUGACUUCCCAGCCCUUGGCGCCUAA